CUCCAAAAAGCCGGGGGUGAAACUUCGGCGCUGGAGAAGGAAAGGGGGUGGGUGAAACGUAAACGUACGGUGCAUAUUAAAAUGCUAUAUUUAUGCAGUUAUAAAUGCAUACAAAUUUGCAGGUGUGCCUGCAUGGGUGUGAAGGAUUACAAGUAACAAAAUGAGUCGAUUGGCAAAGUGCUCAGUCUCUCCUGAGGGCUGCGGCUGCAAUACCUUUGAUUGACACAGCAUGCAGUGUGUGGGGUGGAGACGCAGGGUGGGGUCAGGGACAGGGAGAGGCGGAGGAGAGGAAAAAAAAGAGAAAAAAAUCCACCCGAACUGAGCAACAACAGCUAAGGGAGACGCAGACAGAGAAAAAGAGGCUUUUCAGCGCCUAAGCUAUGAUCUAGCUGGCCCCGGGAAGAAGGAGACUGUGGUGGGGGACACAGAGAAGCCAUCAGAAAGAGAGAGCGAGAAAAGACACCAAGUUGUCCGUGAAAUCGUCACCCACCCGGGAGCCCAGGCGAGCUCCCCCCUCCUCAUCAGCACCGUGUACGCCGAGAUGCACACCGAGACACAGAACAAGAAAAGCACAGCCAAUCCCAAGGAGUCUCUUCCCAGCAGCACGCUGACGCCCGAGGGAAUGCCAGCCAAACAAAUCAAGUCAGAGCCCACUGAACUAGGAGUUUCUUAUGAACGUGCAGCAGAGACUGCCCAGCCUGCAGGAGCAGCUGUAAAAAUGGAGUCCUCGGCAUCCACAUCCAGCUCACCGCGACCUCCACAACUAUGUGAAAUCAAGACAGAACCCCCUGAAGAACUGCUGUCCAGUGACCAAACGGAGCCCGUGGACCUGUCUUUGAACAAGACUCGCUCUUCGCCACCCUCCAACUCAAUAUCGGUCACAAGCAAUCCUCCUCCUCUCAGCUUGGGUUCUACUGCUACAUCUUCAGCAACUGCAAUCCCGGCAGUGCUGUCUCCUGGUUCCAUUCUGGCCUCUACACAAGGAGUGGGUGGACAACAGAUACUACAUGUCAUCCACACCAUUCCCUCUGUUAACUUGCCUAGUAAAAUGGGUGGCCUACAGACCAUUCCUGUGGUUGUCCAGUCUCUACCUGUGGUCUACACUGCCAUGCCAUCUGAUGGAGUAACGGCUGCCAUCACUGUGCCACUUAUUGGAAGUGACGGCAAAUCUGAGGGUUCAGUACGGAUCAAGCCAGGCUCUGCUUCUCCAGUAGAAAUUCACAGCGAUAGUGAUGUAGAAAGUGGCACAGAGACUGAUUCGGUGUCCUGUCAUCCAUUGCAUUCUGGCAUGGAUUCAAUGCCUGACAUGCUGCCUCCAGAGGUGGAAUCUCCGGAGAUGAAAAGGAGACGCGUUCACAGGUGUGACUAUGAUGGCUGCAACAAAGUAUACACAAAGAGCUCUCAUCUCAAGGCACACAGAAGGAUACAUACUGGAGAAAAGCCAUACCACUGCACUUGGGAAGGAUGUACAUGGAAGUUUGCCCGUUCCGACGAGUUGACAAGACACUUCCGCAAGCAUACAGGCAUAAAGCCUUUCCGUUGUUCAGAUUGUGACCGUAGUUUCUCACGCUCUGACCAUCUGGCUCUACACCGGCGCCGGCAUGUAAUGAUGUGAGAUCAAGGAGGGAGCAGCAGCACAUUCCCUUGUCAUUUGGGGGACCCUUUCUGUCUUUGACAUAGUGCCCUCUGCUGGCUCUGGGGCAGACUUCACAGGUGCACACUGUGAAUCUGCCAUAUUUCCUGGAAUUAAGGGUUUGGGUGGGAGGGUGCAGAGGAAAGAGAUUGGAAUGCAACCACAAAAAAAAAAAAAAAUGUUCAAAUUGUGUCCAUCAUUUGUGGAUGUUUUCCAGGCCCAAUUCCCCUUCAUCUUAACCCCUAAAAACACUUGUGUGCGUGAUGCCAACCAGUGGGCUGUUUGGUGGUUGCCAGUUUUGAUUUGUAUUUUUUUUUUUUUGAAAACUUAAGCCAGUAAGGUGUGUGGGUUAAUAACACAUCUUUUCCCACAGAGAAAACAUACAAAAAUCAAAAAGCAGGAGGGACAAAACUGUUUUGCACUGGGCGUGCUCAAAUAAAAAUCUGUUACUGAAUAGCAAAGGCUGAGGUUCAUGAGACUACAGAAUCAGAAAUGGCGGAGUUUUUUUGUUUGUUUUCAUUUUUCUUUUUUGUGCUCUAAUCUAAUUGCCCACAAUUAAACUGUAUUAAUGUAUAUAAAAUAAUGUAUAUGUGUAAUUGAAGUUCUAGGGUUAUUGUAUUAAUUAAUGAUAGCAGUGACAGCAGCCGUAUUUCUGAUUCUUCCAGUCUCUUGCCCCUCUGUCAGAACUACCCAGUCUUUUUAAAUCAUGAAGCACUGCUUUUGAUGGGGUUUCCUUACAAAGUUCAGCUUAGCUGGACUCAACCGAAAUGGCACCUGUGGAUGCCUUUAGAAUAAAA